UGGCUGUGGCUCCCAGAAAGUCAGAGCAGCCGCUGUAGUUAAGGGAGAGGACCAAGGACCGUGGGGAGGGAGCAAGAGAGGGAGCUGGCUCCCUGGCCGCGGCGCCGAAGUUUCUUGCCCGCUGCACCCCUGCCGGCUGCUGGCGCCCUGGGCCAUGAGGGAACGCUGGGACCAAGCAGCAGCAUGAAGGGCAGUAACCGGGCUUACACCCGAUGUCCCUCUUUGGGGUGGCUCUUUGCUAAGUGCUGCUGUUGCUUCCCAUGCGGUGAUUCAUACUCUCAUUCCUCCAAUGAAAAUGGAGGCAAGUCUGAGUCAGUGGCCAACCUGCAGGCUCAGCCCUCCCUGAACUCCAUCCACAGCUCCCCUGGGCCCAAGCGUUCCACCAACACCCUUAAGAAGUGGCUGACAAGUCCAGUACGCCGGCUCAACAGUGGGAAAGCAGAUGGAAACAUCAAAAAACAGAAGAAAGUACGUGAUGGCCGGAAGAGCUUCGAUCUGGGAUCUCCCAAACCUGGGGAUGAGACAACUCCCCAGGGAGACAGCGCUGAUGAGAAGAGCAAGAAAGGUUGGGGUGAAGAUGAACCAGAUGAAGAGUCGCAUACACCCCUCCCUCCCCCUAUGAAGAUCUUUGACAAUGACCCCACGCAGGACGAGAUGUCCUCCUCUUUGCUAGCAGCCCGGCAGGCUCCCUCCGAUGUACCUACUGCUGCAGACCUUGUCAGUGCAAUAGAACAGUUGGUCAAAAGCAAGCUGAGUCUAGAAGGAGGCUCGUACAGGGGGAGCUUGAAAGACCCCACAGGAUGCCUGAAUGAGGGGAUGACCCCUCCCACGCCUCCUAGAAACCUAGAAGAAGAACAGAAAGCCAAGGCCCUGAGAGGCAGGAUGUUUGUCCUGAAUGAGCUGGUACAGACAGAGAAAGACUAUGUCAAGGAUCUGGGGAUUGUGGUGGAGGGUUUCAUGAAGAGAAUAGAAGAAAAGGGUGUCCCUGAAGACAUGCGAGGAAAAGAUAAAAUCGUGUUUGGAAAUAUUCACCAGAUUUAUGACUGGCAUAAGGACUUUUUCCUGACUGAACUGGAAAAAUGUAUCCAAGAACAAGACAGAUUGGCACAGCUCUUUAUUAAACAUGAGCGGAAGCUGCACAUCUACGUGUGGUACUGCCAGAACAAGCCGCGCUCAGAGUACAUUGUGGCCGAAUACGACGCCUACUUUGAAGAGGUGAAACAAGAGAUAAAUCAAAGACUGACUCUUAGCGACUUCCUUAUCAAGCCCAUCCAGAGAAUAACAAAGUAUCAGUUGCUCCUCAAGGACUUCCUGAGAUACAGCGAGAAGGCGGGUUUGGAAUGUUCAGAUAUCGAGAAAGCAGUGGAGUUAAUGUGCCUUGUUCCAAAACGCUGCAAUGACAUGAUGAAUCUAGGACGCCUGCAGGGCUUUGAGGGCACCCUGACAGCUCAGGGGAAGCUGCUGCAGCAGGACACGUUCUAUGUGAUUGAGCUGGAUGCAGGCAUGCAGUCCCGGACCAAGGAGAGACGCGUGUUCCUCUUUGAGCAAAUUGUCAUCUUCAGUGAACUGCUCAGGAAGGGAUCCCUCACCCCAGGCUACAUGUUCAAGAAGAGCAUCAAGAUGAAUUACUUGGUCCUGGAGGAGAACGUGGACAACGACCCCUGCAAGUUUGCACUUAUGAACAGGGAGACUUCUGAGCGAGUCAUCCUGCAAGCUGCCAACGCCGACAUCCAGCAGGCCUGGGUGCAGGACAUCAACCAAGUCUUAGAAACACAGCGGGACUUCUUAAAUGCACUACAGUCGCCCAUCGAGUACCAGCGGAAAGAAAGGAGCACUGCUGUGAUAAGGUCGCAGCCUGCUAGGGUUCCCCAAGCCAGCCCCAGGCCUUACUCCUCUGUCCCCGUGGGCUCUGAGAAGCCCCCAAAGGGCUCCAACUAUAACCCGCCUCUGCCACCUCUGAAGAUAUCUACCUCCAACGGCAGUCCAGGGUUUGACUACCACCAGCCUGGGGACAAGUUUGAGGCCAGCAAGCAGAGCGACCUGGGAGGCUGCAAUGGAACCUCAUCCAUGGCCGUGAUCAAAGAUUACUAUGCACUAAAGGAGAAUGAAAUCUGUGUGAGCCAAGGUGAGGUGGUCCAGGUCCUCGCCGUCAACCAGCAGAACAUGUGCCUGGUGUACCAGCCUGCCAGUGACCAUUCCCCCGCGGCCGAAGGCUGGGUCCCUGGCAGCAUCCUGGCACCCCUCACCAAAGCCACGGCAGCAGCAGAAACUAGUGACAGCAGCCUCAAGAAGUCAUGUUCAUGGCAUACUCUACGCAUGAGAAAGCGGGCGGAAGUGGAGAACACGGGUAAAAAUGAAGCCACAGGGCCUCGUAAACCCAAGGAUAUUCUGGGCACCAAAGUCUCUGUUAAAGAGACGAACAGUUCCGAGGAGUCAGAGUGUGAUGAUCUUGACCCUAAUACUAGCAUGGAGAUCUUAAAUCCAAAUUUCAUCCAAGAAGUGGCCCCAGAAUUCCUUGUGCCCUUAGUGGAUGUGACCUGCUUGCUUGGGGACACAGUGACACUGCAAUGCAAAGUGUGUGGGCGGCCGAAGCCCGCCAUCACCUGGAAGGGUCCAGACCAGAACAUCCUGGACACUGACAAUAGCUCAGCCACAUACACCAUCUCCUCCUGUGAUUCUGGGGAAAUCACCCUGAAGAUCUGCAAUCUGAUGCCCCAAGACAGUGGAAUUUAUACCUGCAUAGCAACAAAUGACCACGGGACCACAUCAACAUCUGCCACAGUUAAAGUGCAAGGAGUUCCAGCAGCCCCUAACCGCCCCAUUGCGCAGGAAAGAAGCUGCUCCUCCGUGAUUCUCCGCUGGCUGCCCCCGUCCAGCACAGGAAACUGCACUAUUUCUGGUUACACCGUGGAGUACAGAGAGGAAGGCUCCCAGGCCUGGCAGCAGUCUGUAGCUUCGACCUUGGACACUUAUCUCGUCAUUGAAGACCUCAGUCCUGGGAGCCCUUAUCAGUUCAGGGUCAGUGCCAGUAACCCCUGGGGGAUCAGCCUUCCCAGCGAGCCUUCAGAGUUUGUGCGGCUUCCAGAGUACGAUGCUGCUGCUGAUGGUGCCACCAUUUCUUGGAAAGAAAAUUUUGAUUCAGCUUACACUGAGCUGAAUGAAAUUGGAAGAGGCCGCUUCUCCAUCGUAAAGAAGUGCAUUCACAAAGCCACCCGCAAAGAUGUCGCUGUGAAAUUCGUUAGCAAAAAAAUGAAGAAAAAAGAGCAGGCUGCCCACGAGGCUGCCCUACUUCAGCACCUGCAGCACCCCCAAUACAUCACUCUCCAUGACACCUACGAAUCGCCCACAUCUUACAUCCUGAUUUUGGAGCUGAUGGAUGAUGGCCGGCUCUUAGACUAUCUUAUGAACCACGAUGAGCUGAUGGAAGAGAAAGUAGCCUUCUACAUUCGAGAUGUCAUGGAAGCGCUGCAGUACCUGCACAACUGCAGGGUCGCACACCUGGACAUAAAGCCUGAAAAUCUACUCAUUGACCUAAGGAUUCCAGUGCCUCGAGUGAAGCUCAUCGACUUGGAGGAUGCUGUCCAGAUCUCAGGCCACUUCCACAUCCACCACCUGCUGGGGAACCCAGAGUUUGCUGCCCCAGAAGUGAUCCAAGGCAUUCCUGUUUCCCUGGGCACCGAUAUUUGGAGCAUUGGGGUCCUGACAUAUGUCAUGCUGAGUGGGGUCUCUCCCUUCUUGGAUGAGAGCAAAGAGGAGACGUGUAUCAACGUGUGCAGGGUGGACUUCAGCUUCCCACAUGAGUACUUCUGUGGUGUGAGCAACGCUGCCAGAGAUUUCAUCAAUGUGAUCUUACAGGAAGACUUUCGGCGGCGGCCCACGGCAGCCACCUGCCUGCAGCAUCCCUGGCUGCAGCCCCACAAUGGCAGCUACUCCAAGAUCCCCCUGGACACCUCCCGCCUGGCAUGCUUCAUAGAGCGCCGCAAGCACCAGAAUGACGUGCGCCCCGUCCCCAACGUCAAGAGCUACAUCGUCAACCGGGUCAACCAAGGGACGUAGCCCGGCUCCCGGCCUGGAGGUUUCACAUGGAAGUGCAGUGUGAACCAAAGCAAGACUGAAUGUGUCUGUAAAUAAUCUGUUAAUUAUUCCACUCCAUGCGGUUUUCUGGAUUGGGAGAUGUACCUCUUAAACCUCGUCAGUGGCUAUUCAGGGUCUGAGCAGCAGUAAAAUCACCGGAAAUCCAGGGCCUUACCAGAAGGUCAUUCAGAAGAGAUAAAGCGGCAAAGAGUCACAGAGUAUAAGAAGAGGGGCAAGGAUAACGAGAAUAUUUGCUGUUCCAAAAUUUUGCUUGUGCAUUCCAAAAUGAGUGGGCAACAUGGGCAAAAUGAGCUCACCAUAGGGAGUAUCAAAGGUUUCUGCCUUUGCUAAAAUUUUAAGCAAAAAAAAGUUCUAUUUAACAGAGAUGUCAUGUAUGUCCACUACGCUGGUUUAGAUUACUUAGAUAUAGUUUCUUAAUAGCAUACAUAUUCUCAUACAGUUAAAUAUUACCCAUUCAGGUUUCAGAGUUUUAUAAUAUAGAGAUAUAUAUGAAAUCAAGCAUAAGUAACUUUGAGUGCUCCAGUUAAGACAGUAAUUUAUUUACCGAAGCAUUACUUUGUUUUGACUAAGCACAAUUAGAUGACAACUUUUUUAGAGCAUUUUAUAAAUCUUGUAUAGAAAUCUUUUACCAGAACCUGUGCAUUAACAGAAAGCAAGGUCACCUUUUUGCAAUCUGUGAGGAAGAUGAUUUUUCUCUCAGUCACAGGUGUGAUUAACAUAGGUUCUGUGUAUGAAAUGCUACCCCCAAAUUCACUGGCAGCUCAGAGUUAGUCUGGCAGGAAAACCUGCCAGGAAAUAAGUCCCCAAACAGGAAGGGUUGUGGGGCUAUUUUUCUGUCUACACUUGGUUUGAAAUAUAUAAUGAAUAUAACAGGUUCAUACAAAAGGGCCAAUAGAAAACUUCCCUGAAGUUCCUAUGAACAACAUAACAACACUUUCUGAUUUCUUCUACAGCUGUAGAAUGCACUCCUCAGAAAGUUGGCUUGCUUUAUUUUUAACCCCUGUAGGAGCCAAGGGGUGCUUACCAAAAGGAGGCAGCCAUAGAGGCCUUGUAAAGGCCUGGUCCCAAGUCCUUUUUAAAGCCAUGGAAUAAAAUCUGAUACAUCACUCUGACAGAGCAUUGAGUUUUCACUGCGAUGGCAAUACCUAUCACCGCUCAGCUGUCAAUAUUUCCCUGGACCAAAAGGACUAAUUGCGCUUUGAGGCCAACACUGCGCUCCAGUGUACGUUCUCCAGACAAGAUGAUUAUGAACCGCCCUUUUUUCCAUUGAUGGGGAAAAAAACUAAACCUGGGAAUUUCAUGAUUUCCUUUUUAUGUUUCAGGAAGAGUUUUUGUUUCUGUGUUUAUACACGCCCACCCUUUGUUUCCUAGAGUAUGUUUUGAAAAUUGCUGUUAUGCAAGUAGUAUUUUAAAAAUUAUAACUCAAGUGUUCGUCUACAUCAGGUUUAAUGGCAUUGCUUCUGUCCUAUAGUAGGAUUGAGAUAGUUAAAAUCAUGCAGCAGAAAAUUACAAUCAGAGUUUAGGAAGGAUAAAUAGAAGUAUAAACUAUCUAAAUAAAAAAGAAUGGUGGAAAAGCCUGAACCUUAAUAUGUAACUUAUUCCCACAGUGGAAAUGUAGAAUUAAAAAUGCCUAUCUUUCUUUUCCAUUGGCCUCAGAGUUAACUUCCUCAUCCACACUCCACCUCAUCCCAUCCAAGAUUAUAGAUUAAUAAACCAGUAGAAAGUACAAGCAAUAAGACUAGAUAGAACUUCAUAUUUUCAGGAUUAACCAAAUCUAUGGAAAAUGACUCAAACUAUUAUCUGUUUCCUAAUUUUCAAAUGACCCUGGGUCAUCAAGGCUCACUUCCUCAGCCCUCUCUCGACUAACCUUCCAUGCUCUUCAUUUAAACUUAUGUGUAUAUAUAAAUAGUAUAGGAUACAAUAAUGUAAAUUUUA